AUGGCUCUGACCCACCGGUUCCGGCUCCUCUUCCAUGCCGCCGUCCUGGCCGGGCUCGCCUCCGCCUCCGCGUCGCCCUCCGUGUCCGUGUCUGACAGCGUAUUCCAGGCCAGCACCGGAUCCACGGGGAGGAGCUUGCUGCAGACCAAGAGGGACUGCCCUAUGGACUUUGAGUCCCAGAACUACACAAUCAUCACAAGCAGGUGCAAAGGGCCACAAUCUCCUCCUACGGAAUGUUGUGAUGCUUUCAAGAAAUUUGCAUGCCCAUUUUCCUUGUACAUCAACAACCAGAGCACUAACUGUGCAGACACAAUGUUAACCUACAUCAACGUCCAUGGAUCGUACCCGGCAGCCCUAUUCGCCGACGAGUGCCAGAAAGGAAAGGAAGGGGUUUCUUGCGAAGGCAUCCCAGAGCUCAUGGGAUUUCGCGACAUCCUUUGGUUGCUCUCUUGUGUGGAAUAGGAGCAUUGCUGUUCCAUUGAGUGACACCUUGCAGUUCUACAAAUAUGGUGUGAAUUUCAGGUGUAAGUUGUAAGUAGUACUAACUACCAACGAUUAGGAUUCAUUUGCA